AUGGCAAGCCUUUACAGAGGGGCCUCUCGGAAAGAAAAACCCAGAGGGAGACAUCAUGGGUUAACUACACAAAAGAGACAAGAGAUCAAGGAAGCGUUCGAGUUAUUCGACACCGAUGGCUCAGGCACCAUUGAUGCCAAGGAGCUCAAUGUUGCCAUGAGGGCUCUCGGUUUCGAGAUGACAGAAGAGCAAAUCACUCAAAUGAUUGCAGAUGUUGACAAGGAUGGCAGUGGUGCUAUUGACUUUGAUGAAUUUGUGCACAUGAUGACAGCCAAAAUUGGGGAACGGGACACAAAGGAGGAGCUCAUGAAAGCCUUCCAUCUCAUCGACCAAGAUAACAAUUGUAUUGACAUUAAAAAUAUUGCAAAGGAUCUGGGGGAGAACUUCAAUGACAGAGAGAUCCAAGAGAUGAUUGAGGAAGCAGACCGAGAUCGUGAUGGAGAAGUUAAUGCUGAGGAGUUCAUCAGGAUGAUGACGAGAACAGCAUAUGGGUUUUAG